CUAUCGGUGCUACGAAUACGGUGAAUUUUGAUGCUGUUGGCGGUACUACGUCUGGCGUUGCUACUGCUGCCGGAGCGUCAGCUGGAUUGAUUACGGGACGAGCUGCUACCAUUUUUUUGCUACUACCGGAGAUACUACUGCUGCUCCUACUACUCUUACUGUUGCUGUGACUGCUACUGCUUGUAUAUCGAUGCAACCACAAACCGUGGCGAGCGCUGGAUCUUCCACACCUACUGCUUCUUCUUCUUCCGGUACCAACGCAAAAAUGGCUAAUAUGUGUGUGUUCGAGCCUUUCAACCCCGUGUCAUCAUCGUUCGAUAGAUGGAUGGAACGGCUAAAAAUUUGGUUUAGAAUCAACCAAAUUGGAGAUGGCGAUAAAAAGGACUACCUUCUACAUUACAUGGGCGGCCCUACGUACGACGUAUUAUGCAACAACCUGCAAAACGCCGAUCCCUACACGAAGUCAUUCGACGAAAUCGUUGCACUCCUGAGAAAUCACUUCAACCCUGCACCGCUAGAAAUCCUAGAAAACUUCAAGUUUACUAGCCGUAAGCAAUUGGAGAACGAAUCAUUGAGCGAAUACUUAAUGGAGUUAGAGAAGCUGGCUAAAAGCUGCAAUUUUGAUUCGUACUUAGACAAAGCGCUGAGAAACCAAUUUGUCUUUGGCAUUCGGAAUCGUGGAAUACAGUCACGAUUGCUGGAAGUACGCGAUCUUACACUAUCCAAAGCCAAGGACAUUGCGUUUGGAAUGGAAAUGUCAUUGCGUGGGACCGAGGAAAUGCAUGGAACCAGCCCGAGAUGUGAAGUGCAACAAGUUACGGCCAAUACAAAGAAAAUAUCAUCGACAAACAACGGUCAACAGCGAAAGUGCUACAGAUGCGGCGAUACAAAUCACAUGGCUAAUAGAUGCCAGCACAAGCAAACGGUUUGCAGCGCUUGUGGGAAAAGAGGACAUCUACAAAAAGUGUGUUUGUCUCGCCACAACAACAGGCGUCAGGAGAACACACAUUAUUUGGAGGAAAACGACCCAAAGGAUGUUCUUCAUGUGAGCACGGUCCAGAAUCAUGCUGGUAAGUUUUUGUUGAAUCUGAGGGUCGGUCAAGGUGUACUAACAUUCGAGGUCGACACUGGAUCGCCGGUAUCAUUGAUAAACAUAAAGGACAAACAAAAACAUCUCAAAGACAUAGAAAUUUUGCAAACGGACUUAAGACUAGUAAGCUAUUCGGACAAUGACAUAAAUGUGUUGGGAAAAUUAUUGGUCACAGUAGUGGUAGAGGGAAGAAAACUCGUAUUGCCACUGUAUGUAACGAAGUCCAACAAACACCCCUUGCUGGGACGUGAUUGGUUACGUGCAUUAAAUUUAGAUUUUAAUCGCAUUUUCAGAUCUGGCACACACACUGUUUCAUACUGCGAUAGGGAUGAUGAAUGCAAGUACAGUGCAUUAAAUGCCUUACUUCAGAAAUAUCCAUCAGUAUUCAGUAAGGAAAUUGGAAAAGUAAAAGGAAUUCAAGCUUCACUAACAGUACGGGAACAUACAAAACCUGUGUAUAUUAAAGCAAGACAGGUGCCGUUUGCGCUUGCGUGA